AUGUCUCCUGAACCCUUCGUGCGGCCAGGCUCGAUGAUUUGCGCAUGUGGCGAUGCAGGUAUGUCCUCGACGUCACCCACAGCAUCGGUCGAAGAUGUGGAGGAGGGAGAUGUGAUCAGGUGCCUGUAUAAUCUGGAUGAGAGUGAGCUGGACAACGACAAUGAGUAUGACGAGGACGACGAGGAAUUGGUGGAAUCGUCGGUUUCGUCACCGACGCCACAGUCAAGAUCGCCUCUGGAGGGUGCUGCUGACAGUACCGCUCGUUGA